GGCCAUGGGCGGGGACAGCCACAGCCCCCGGCUGCUUGUAAGGUGACGUGUGGCUUCUCCGCAGGUCCCCUGCCGCCCCGGGAUGCGAUCGCUCUGCGUCUCCGCGGCGCCGGCCCCCGACAUGCACCUCUACCUUCUCCUGCUGCUCGCGUUGUGGCUUGAGGGCUCCACUGCGGAGGAGCGCAGCUACGGCUUGGGGGGACGCUGGAGCAUCCGCAGCGGCAACGGCUCUCUGGAGCUGUCUGGAGAGGUCCCCGGCUGCGUGCACAGCGCCUUGUUCCAGCAAGGCCUGAUCCAGGAUCCUUACUACAGAUUUAAUGACCUUAACUAUAGAUGGAUCUCCUUGGAUAACUGGACCUAUAGCAAGACAUUUAAAAUCCCCUUUGAUAUUAGCAAAUGGCAAAAAGUAAAUUUGAUUUUUGAGGGAGUAGAUACAGUUUCAAAAAUCCUGUUCAAUAACAUCACUAUUGGGGCAACAGACAACAUGUUCAAUAGAUAUAGCUUUGAUAUUACCAGCUUGGUCAGAGACGUGAACUGCCUCGAGGUGCGUUUCCAGUCAGCGCUGUCGUACGCGGCACAGAGGAGCAGAGCUCACACUCGCUACAGGGUGCCCCCAGAGUGCCCCCCAUCUGUGCAGAAGGGCGAAUGCCACGUCAAUUUUGUUCGGAAGGAGCAGUGUUCCUUUAGCUGGGACUGGGGCCCUUCCUUUCCUACCCAGGGAAUCUGGAAAGAUGUUAGAAUUGAAGCCUAUAAUAUUUGUCAUCUGAACUACUUCACCUUUUCCCCAACAUAUGAUAACAGUGCCCGGGAGUGGAAUCUUGAAAUAGAGUCUUCUUUUGAUGUUGUUAGCUCAAAGUCAGUUGGUGGUAAAGUGAUCGUAUCUAUCCCUAAAUUGCAAACAAAUCAGAUAUACAACCUUGAACUUCAACCUGGGGAAAGGAUUGUUGAGCUGUUUGUGAAAAUUAACAAGAAUGUUACUGUAGAAACUUGGUGGCCUCACGGACAUGGAAACCAGACUGGAUACAACAUGACAGUUCUUUUUGAAUUGGAUGGAGGCGUAACUAUUGAAAAAUCAGCAAAGGUUUAUUUUAGGACAGUGGAACUUAUAGAAGAGCCUAUAAAAGGGUCUCCCGGUCUAAGUUUCUACUUCAAAAUUAAUGGAUUUCCCAUAUUUCUGAAAGGCUCCAACUGGAUCCCAGCAGAUGCCUUCCAGGAUCGAGUGACCUCUGACGUGUUGCGACUCCUUCUGCAGUCUGCUGUGGACGCUAACAUGAAUACUCUCCGGGUGUGGGGAGGAGGAAUUUAUGAGCAGGAUGAAUUUUACCAACUCUGUGAUGAACUAGGAAUAAUGAUAUGGCAGGAUUUUAUGUUUGCCUGUGCCCUCUAUCCAGUUGAUCGAGACUUCAUUGAUUCUGUGAGAGCGGAAGUUGCUUACCAGAUCAGGAGACUGAAAUCUCAUCCCUCUAUCAUCAUAUGGAGUGGCAAUAAUGAAAACGAAGCAGCUCUAAUGACAAACUGGUAUCAUAUCAGUCCUGUCGACCUACACACCUACAUUAAUGACUAUGUGACACUUUAUGUGAAAAACAUCAGAGAGAUGGUCUUGGCAGGAGAUAAGAGUCGUCCUUUUAUUAUAUCCAGUCCUACCAAUGGGGUUGAAACCAUCGCAGAAGGCUGGGUGUCUCACGACCCUUACAGCAAUUACUUUGGAGACGUACAUUUUUAUGACUAUUUCAGUGAUUGCUGGGAUUGGAAAGUUUUCCCCAAAGCUCGAUUUGCAUCUGAAUAUGGGUAUCAGUCCUGGCCUUCCUUCAGCACGUUAGAAAAGGUCUCAUCUAAAAAGGACUGGUCUUUCAAUAGCAAAUUUUCACUUCAUCGACAACAUCAUGAGGAUGGUAACAAGCAAAUGCUUCAUCAGGCCCAACUUCAUUUCAAACUUCCGCAAAGCACAGAUCCAUUACGCGCGUUUAAAGAUACCAUCUAUCUUACUCAGGUGAUGCAGGCUCAGUGUGUCAAAACAGAAACGGAAUUUUACCGCCGCAGCCGCAGUGAGAUAGUGAACAAGAAAGGGCACACCAUGGGCGCGCUCUACUGGCAGCUGAAUGACAUCUGGCAGGCCCCUUCCUGGGCCUCUCUGGAAUACGGAGGAAAGUGGAAGAUGCUUCAUUACUUUGCUCGGCGUUUCUUUGCUCCACUGUUGCCAGUUGGCUUUGAGGAUCAAAGUGUGUUCCAUGUCUACGGCGUGUCAGACCUUCACUCAGACCUCAGGGUGAUGCUCACUGUGAGAGUCCAUACGUGGAGCUCCCUGGAGCCCUUGUGCUCUCUGGCAACUAAAGGUUUUGUGAUCAGAGCGGGAAAGGCCAUCCUCCUCUAUAAGGAGCCAGUGUCCUCAUUGCUGAGGAGAUGUGGGCAUUGUACUCGGAAAAGCUGUGUGGUUUCCUUUUACCUUUCAAAUGACCUUGAACUCUUGAGCCCAAUCAACCAUCACUUCCUGUCCUCCCUGAAGGAGGCUGUGGGGCUCCGCCGAGCACAUAUCACUGCCAUCAUCUCUCAGCAAGGCGACACAUUUGUAUUUGAUCUAGAAACCUCAGCUGUUGCUCCCUUUGUUUGGCUGGAUGUAGGAAGCAUCCCAGGGAGAUUUAGUGACAAUGGCUUUCUCAUGACUGAGAAGACUCGAAGUAUAUCAUUUUACCCUUGGAAGCCCACAAGCAAGAGUGAAUUGGAGCGAUCUUUGCGUGUGACUUCCCUGACAGACAUUUACUGAGGGAAUCCAGGUUGUAUUUUCAGUGGACACUGGGAAUAAACCCCAUCCGAGGCACUGGCAGAAGAGGAAGGCAGCCAGAGGCAGGUCUCGGAAGCUGAGUGGUGCAUGUGCCUCAGCCCUGCUCAGACCGUCACCCUGGUGAAGAGCGUGUUCUGUGAUCACUCUCAGGGAAGGGCUGUUAAUACAGCUGAAGUCCUGAAGCCUGAGCCUGGGUGUCCUUAAAUUUGUGCCAGCCUGCCCUUUCGCCCUAAACCUCCCACCUUCAGUGACACAGGAACCAACUGUCACCCGGUGGCUCCUCAGGGAGUCACAGGAAUGUGACCAUGGCAGGAUCUGUGGAACCAAAUGGAAGGUUUUUAAGGUGAUUUAGGCCUUUCAUUGUGAACUUGAGAAAUACUGAGUACUAAUACUGCUUUGUUACUCUAUCUGGAGGGAAUGGAGGUUCAAAUUUCACAACAAAUUUCUUGGUGGUAGCCAUGUCGACAGUUUGGGGGAUCGGUGUUGCAUUUGAUUACUUUUGGGGGUAUGAUUCUUUUUCAUUUGUAGGUUUUAUUAUAAAAUACUGUUUUAACAAUACCAACUUUUAAA